AUGUCAGGCUGGCAGCAGGUCCAGCACUACGCUGAUCACCGUGGCAACCCCGUUGUCCUCGAACAAUACGUUGAACCAGGCUUUGAACCAGACCCAGUGCAUCUAGUACCCAUCCAAGUCUACAGCACCGUGCCUCUAGACGAGAACCACGAACAGCUCCGCCUGUAUCUUCUAAACACCUUCUGGGACGAGGAAGUCAAGCCCCUCUUUGAAAUCUACUCGUACCGCCCGACCGACGCCUACGGCUGCAUCGACCACAACCGCCGCGAGAUCGCCCAUCGCAAGCAGCAACAUGCCUCGGGAGCAACCAAUCCACCCCCGCUGAUUCCGCAGUUCUUUGACGAGCGCUAUGAAAACCCGAUCGGGUGUUGUAUCCUGCUCCGCUCUCACAGUUACCGUCUUGGCCUCGUUGGAGAUCCAGAUGAGUACGCCGCCGCUGGCGAGGCUCCAGACUGGGUCUACUUUACUCGGACCUUUUCCAGCACCCGAACCUCCGUUGAUCCCGUGCAGCGGCUUCCGGCGGCUGAUGCGGACCCCGACGACGAGGACCAGCUCUACCCAGAAGCUUUCGAGUUCACCGUCGACCAUGUCCGCAAUCAGGCCGAUAUCGGGCAGCAGAUCAUGCAAGAGAUCUUUGGCAAUGCCUGCGGCUUUGGCGAGGACCAGAAUUCGCUUCACUAUGCCAUGGACGUCGAUGAGGGCUCGCCCUCUGAUGCGAGUCUGCCCUCCGAGACCGAGAUCCGCCAGCAGCUGGACCAGGAAGUUGCCAACGGUGAUUACACGCUCGAUAGCGCCUUCCAGGUCUCUCACAAUGCAGGCAGUGUUACGGUCACGAACACGCCCGAGGGAGCCGAAGCCGACAUUCAGUACCUAAUCUAUCCCUCCUUCCUCAGCCACCUCGGCGACCAAAGCACAGUACCGACCCUCCUCGAAACCACGGCCCGCCUCUUCACAUCUGCUCUGAAAUCCCACCUGUCCCCAUCAAAGACGCUCAAUCUAGCAUUCCACAUCCCCGACCCAAGCCCCGCCCUCUGGCGCACUCUCCGCCCAGCCCACCACGCAGCCCUAUCCGCACACGACCCAACCCCUUUCGCCCUCGGCGCCCUCCACACCAUCGCCGCAAACAACGACGCCCCUGCCCGUCAUCGCGUCUCGCCUCAGCGCCGCGAAGACACCCUCGCAACGGCCAAAAUCAGCAUCUCGCGCACGUACCGCGUGUUCGCGGUCGUUCUGGAUCGUCCGGCGUUUGUCAGCGAGGCCGGGGUGUUCUUCUUUAUGCAUGAUUACGAUAGUGUGAAUGAUCCGGCCCCAGAAUAUCCCGAUUGUCCUGAUACGGAGGUGUGGCGGAGUGCAGGGAUACGAGAGGUUGCGAGGAGAUUGGGGAUGCUGGUUGUUGAGGAAGCGGGGUAG